AUUUGCCUUUUGCAUUUCAGUGCUCCGCUAACCGAAUCUAUUCGUCAAUGGCGAUCUUCGCACGUAGAGAUGCAUGUCCUAUCAUUAAGAAUGUCCUUCUUCUGGACUCUGAAGGAAGGCGUGUAGCAGUUAAGUAUUAUACAGAUGAAUGGGAAACCAACAGUGAAAAGUUAGCUUUUGAAAGGUCCAUCUUCAGUAAAACACAGAAGACUAAUGCACGAACUGAACCAGCGGAGAUAUUGAUGUUUGAGAAUAAUGUUGUGGUGUAUAAGUUCAUACAAGACUUGCAGUUUUUUGUAACUGGAGGUGAUGAUGAAAAUGAAUUGGCCUUGGCCACUGUCCUGCAGGGUUUCUCUGAAGCAGUUAUUCUUCUACUCAGGGGUAACAUUGACCAAAGGGAGGCAUUUGAAAACUUAGAUAUGAUGUUUUUAUGCCUUGAUGAGAUUGUUGAUGGAGGAAUGAUUCUUGAAACGGAUGGAAAUACAAUUGCCAGAAAAGUAGUUACAAACAUCAUGGAUGAUGAGACUCCCUUGUCUGAACAGCUUUUCAGCUAUCUGGGCCACAUCCUAUAUACGUUCCCUUGA